UCGUACAACUCUGUCAACCAUUGCCAACUUUUUUUGCACCUAACCGAAUGCCUGCCUACAUUCGCGCCAUUCAAUAUCGGGACUUAUGUAGAGGGUGGAUAGUAAUCUUGUAGUGGCCCAUGACGCGAUAGCAGAUACGCGGCGUGUUUUAGAGACGGAUUAAAAAGGAUAUAUACAGUGGGUAGUUAGGCGGAAGUUGUGCAAACAUGGCCGAGAUACGUUGGAUAUGCUGCUGAUCUCGGGCAUCAGGUUAUUAUGCCUGACAGCUCUCGGAAGAAAUGGACGGGUGCCAAGAUGCCCUGCAAAAUGAAGGGGCCGGCCUUCCACUGCUGCAUGUGUGUGGUGGGGGUGUUCAUGUUCAUGGGCGGUGUGAUCAUGACUGCGACCGGCAUCACGCUCAUGCUCAACUACGGGCUGCUCGACAUCGAGUUACUACCCCCUGAUCUGGACUCGGAGGAGGGGAAGCGCACCGUCGGUAUCAUCCUCACCGUAUGCGGGACGCUUGCCGUCACAAUCAGCGUGAUCACCAGUAUCAUGUACUUGUGCUUUAAAAGUAAACCGUCCAUCAUACCCGAUGACUUAGCUCGGCUUUCAUCCACACGCAAUAAUACACCAGACAGAGUGGACAAUUCACGGAAAAAUGACCGAAGUGACCGGCGCUCUGUUAGCAGCAUCAGUGCCAAAGUGAGUGCCUCGAGCGUCGGUGCGCAGCGUAACAGCUCCAGCGCUGGUGCAUCCAGAGGCACCACUGCUAACAAUAACGACAUAUACUCAGCGGAGGUGAAACAUCGAGGACAUCCCAGAUCAAGGCGCCCGCGAAAGAACAUUCAUCGACAUAAAAACCGUCUAGAUCAAAUAAAAGAGGACGCGGUGUCGAGAAAAACCGUCGACGGGGCCAUUGUUGAUGACUACGAGGAAGGCACGUAUCGCAGCGGCUCGUUCAGCAGUGAAAUGACGUCAGAAGAUCGUCAGAAAAUCCCCCAAAUUGUCAGCGAGGAUUAUGACCGCCCGCCCAGCGCCGACAGCGCUAGCACGUCCCAUACCAGCGAAGCGAGUAAUUAUAGGUACCCGGAAUUCGACAAAUCCAGACGCGAAAUUCAAGUGAUGCCGGAUUCACUCCGGGCUGAAUAUCAGCGCCAGGUGGAACUCAGUUCAAGGGACAGCGCUUCUUUGGACAAUUUCGACGAAACGUCCCUUAACGAAGGGAGAAAUCCGGAUCAGUGUUCAUUAACAAGUGACAAUCUUAGAAGAUUUACUCAAGAAAAUUCUGGUUCCACACAAGGGCAGCGGUUUAACACCGACAAUGACCAUUCCGCGGGCGGGACGGACUCUUACCGUGCUGCUCAAUCACCCCAUUCGGAAGGGGUGCAGUCAGAAGACAGUAGUGGUAUUUUUGUAACGUCUCAAACUGAAACGCGCGGGGUGAUGACUUCCGGUCGCAUAUCUCCGCAGGUUGGAGAGCCGGAACACUUUACUCAAGUGGAACCAGUGAGCGCAAGUCGGACCAGCCUGGACAGAUGAGCAUCAUCCUUGGUAAUGAAGCAUGCGGUAGUGGCGAGACUUAAGCGACAGGGCAGUGCCUGUGUUGUUGCUGCGUGUGGAAAUUAAUUCUGGGGAAAUCUGGGGCUGACAGUGAUUUGAAAUAAGGGUUGAGGGAGGUUCUAGAAGAAGAGAUAAGCAACAAAUUGUGAUUUUUAAUUAGGGGCGAGGGGCGAUCCAAAAUAUGUUGUGCUUUAAAGUAAGGGAUGAGUAAAAGCAUAACAGAAUGUUUCCAGAAAUUGGUCUCUCUUUCGAACAUAUCUAAAAAUGUCUUCACAACAAGCCUAUACAGCUAUAUUUUCGAUUAGAAUUGGAGUAUUAAAACAAUAUUUUCAUAAUAACAAAAAAAUAAACUAUUUGUAGUUAAAUGCUACGUUUAAAUAAUACUGCAUGUGUGUCGCAUUUGCAACAAAGAAGGCAUGGAAGUCCCGGCCACGAAAAGUUCGGACAAAGCGAUCGAGUCCCGGUCGAAAUAGCUGCAUUAUUAAUUCAUGAUUUUUUUAAUCUCACUUCAAGACACAUGACAAUGCAAAACUGAUCUCGGUUUCGAAAGCAGUUUUUAGCUAAUGUUUGCAAUAUAAUUGACUUACGUAUGUGCUAUUGUGGAUUACCAUAAACGCAGCUUUAUAAUAUUGAUAACAUUUUGACUAUUCUGUUUAGCAAUUCUUUCAUAGUGUGACAGUGUGCUCUUGUAAGUAUGGCUAUAUACAUGAACAAGUGAAACGCCUAUAACAUUAUUUUUUGUCUGAUAAUAAUCAUGUUCAUCAAACUCGACCAAACGACUUUUUUAAAUUUAUUUAUUAAUUGAUUGUUUUAAUUUGUUUAUCCUAGCACUCCCAUUUUAACUCAUUCUAGUAUUUAACAAAUAUAGGCGACACGUUAUGUGCAUUAAUAAAGUCGUUGUUCGGAAUGUAUACAUCUGGCGAAUAUGAGUAGGUUUUCUGUAUGUGUCAGAUAACAAAAAUACUACCCUUAUUUAUUCUUAUAACAUUUAUUUACUACACAGUUACUAAUGUAUUUCAUAAUAAUAUUGCAUGCUUUUUUUUGCUCUAAUGUUUCUUGAAAAUAUCAUAAAGCCGUUUCUUUGAAGACCGGGCUUAACGCAUAUGCUUUAAGUAUCACCUAGAUAAUACUGUUCAGUUCAUGCAGGCUAUUUAAGGACGAAACUUUUACGGAAUUUUUCGUUUUAACAAAUCUGUUUUAAAGGAAAAUCAAGUCUAUGCGGAAAAUUGUCGUCCAAGAUUAGCCUGUGUUGACUGCACAGGCUAAUCUGGGACGACACUUAACGCACAUGCUUUUCUUGAUCUUUAUUGUUAAACUGGAUCAAGAGAGGGAAGCAGCAGACAAGCUGUGAAAUAAAGAGUGUUAAAUCAAUGACAAAAUAUUACCUAUUGUCAUGUUUAUUACUAUUUGUUUUUAUUUAAACGACAAUGCAAUUUUAUAAAUCGUAUUUAUUUUGUGUCAUAUUAUAUUCUUCUGAUGUUUUCAUAAUUUCCUUUUAAUGUUUACUGUUAGUGGUCAGCUGUCUAUAACAUGGUCGUUUGUGUAAUAAAAACAGGUUUUCAGUAUCACAUAAUUUACCUUUUCAAAUGUUUAUUCAAAUCAUAUUUAGUACAUUGCUUACAAUUAUUUCUGUGUCUAUUGUAAUGCGCAUUUAAAAUUAAGUUGGCCUUCAAAACUGAAUAUGUUACACUCUCGCAUUGAAACGUUCGCUUAUGUUGGAUUUUUAGCUCGACUAUUAUAUAUGAAAUAUAUAUAGUGGAGCUAUCCUACUCACCCCGGCGUCGGCGUUUCCGUUCCGUUCCGUGCUGUUCCCUUCCGUUACGUUCCGUGCCGUGCCGUGCCGUGCCGUUAGCGUGCAAAUGUUAAAGUUUUUGUACUACCCCAAUUAUUUUCAUUGUCCCUUGACAUAUUGCUUUCAUAUUUUGCAUACUUGUUUACCAACAUGACCCCAACCUAUAAAUAGGAACAGACUACUCUAUCAAGCAUUUUGUCAUAAUUAUGGCCCCUUUUCCACUUAGAAUAUGCAGAAAAAGUUAAAGUUUGCAUACUACCCCAAAUAUGUCCCUUGACAUAUUGCUUUCAUAUCUUGCAUACUAGUUUACCAUCAUGACCCCACCUAUAAACAAGAGCAUACAACUGUAUCAAGCAAUUUGACAGAAUAAAUGCCCCUUUUAUACUUAAAAUAUGCAUAUUAUUGAUAAAUCUAUGUUAAACUUUGCGUACUACCCCAAAUAUUUCCUAUAUCCUUUGACAUAUUGCUUAUAUAUUUUGCAUACUUGUUAACCAACAUGACCCCAACCUAUAAACAAGAGCAGACCACGGUAUCAAGCAUUUUGACAAAAUUAUGGCCCCUUUUACACUUAGAUAAUUGAACAUUUUGCUUUAAAUUGCCAUAACUUCUUUAUUUAUGAUCACAUUUUAUUAUAACUUUGACAGAACAACACUUACCUGAAUACCACAAUGGAUUCCACCCAAAAAAAAAACCACGCCCCUACCCAGAAUCCCUCCCCCCCAACCGCC